CGUGUUCGGCAGGCUGGAACUGGAGGCUGGAGCUAGAGUGCUGUGAGAGAAAAAUACUUCGGCAGGCUGGAGUUGGAGGCUGGAGCUGGAGAAAUGUGAGAAAGAAAAACUGUAGAGCUGGUGGGCUGCUCACCAGCCGAACACAGGCGAUGUGCCUUCGUGAUUAAAAAACGAAAAUGAGUAAGUGUAGGGUUCUGAAUGCAAAGUGAAAAGUGCAGGAUUUUGUUGCUCUUUAGUCCCUACCAAAGUCAGGAUUGUGAGGAAGGGACUAGGAAAAUGGGGUGGGCGCACGCGGCAGUGGCCAUGGAGGAGGUGCUCGGCCUGGUGCGGGGUUUCGUCGACGUCCUCGUCCUCGCCGGCGGCCGCACCUCGUCCGGCGCCGCCGCCACUUGGAGCUCCGACGAGGUUAAGAAGGCCCUCCGGUGGGCUCUCUUCUUCGAGGAGGUUUUCAAGGACCUGCGUGAAUCAGGACAUUACGAGGAUUCUGCAGGAGAACUCGAUGCAGCCCUCGUUGAGCUCACUUCAAGUUCGGAGUUUCCGAAGGGUCUUUCUGUUAUGCGGUCGGAAACCCUUUCCACAGCAAGGGUAUUGGUUAUCCGACAUUUUCUGAAAGCAAGAGCAAUGUGUGUGGAAAAUCUUGGUGCUCUUCUUGAAGCAGUUGUUGAGAUGGAUAUUGAUGUCAUUCGUGCUAGUGGUGUGCACAAUGCAUGCCAAGAGUAUGCUGAGUCAAUAUUGGAUAUGAAUUCUUCAUGUUUUACACAGACCAGGAAUGCUCAUGACAUUGGGCUUCCCGCUAGUUCUGAUGAACUGAAUGCAGAAUCCAUGGUCCAUUCACGGAUUCUAGUUAAAGAAUUCUCGGAAGGGCUGGAUUCGGCAUCAUGUUCUUGUUUGUCUGAGAGAGGACUGGGAACACUUCUGAACAUUGUCAAAAAGAAUAGCUUUGAUGAUGCAAGUAAUAAGACGUGCACCCCAGCAAUACCAAAAGCAUCGCGAAUGAUUGACGAGUUUCUCAUAUGGAAGCAAUGGAGAGCAAAGUGCUUGUCAUAUCUGCUUGAUGAGAGAACCAUUCGGAUUUUGUCUGGAGCUAGUUUGAUUUUUAAAGCUCCCAAGGAGCAGUGGAUGAAAGUGUUUGAGCCCUUAAAAUUUUUUGAAGAAUCUUGUCAAAAUGGUCUUGUCGAAAUCAUGGAGCUAUGCUUUCUGGGCUUGAUUUCAAGGCAAUGGAAUACAAUGAUAGAGGGCUUCAUGUCACACACUUUCUGUUUAGUUCCUAUAUCCAAGCAAUAUGCUGAUCUGCACCAGUUGCUUCAGGGAACUUCUCAGGACAAAUGCCAAGACAAACUUCUUGAUUUGGAGGAAAAGGAUAUUCUUGAGUAUGCAAGUCAGUCACUACAGAGUAAACCAUCCAUAUUAUGGCUUCUACCUCCAGUUCUUACCGCGGCAGCAAUACCUCCAUGGUCAACCAUGUUCCAGAUAUACCUUGCUCAAAUAGGUAAACAAUUUCAUGAAGCUGCUCCUGCAGAUCGAAAGUGUUGCUGCAGAGGGGAUGGAAUAGAGCAGCAUCGUAACUGUGAGAUUACUGAGAGGAUUCGAUGUCUCUACGCAUUCCAUAUUCAACUACCUCAUCUAACUGUGGCAUAGUGACAGCGUAUAGUUCAAGAUUAUGCUGAAUGUCAGCAAUGUGCAUGGCAAAUUUGAUGGUUCACUUUUGAAUGAGUGCCUGAUUUCCAAGUUCACUGCAAAUAGUAUUUCACAUGUAUGGCCGAUUGGCUGAACAGCAGAAAAUCAACUGGUUUCACCUUUCUGCUUGAUGGAACAGUUGAACUGAAAGAGAUACCUUGCAUAUAUGUAGAUUUGGGGAUUGAAGUUCUCACUCCUCUUUUCUUUCUUCAAGAUGAUGAGUAAUGACAGAUGCUACUAGAUUCAUCCCAUGUUGACUCAUGUGAUUUGUUUAUAUAUUGUUCAUUCUUCUCUUCUUUUAUGCUUUCUGAACAUGAAACACAAGUUUUUUAGGGUGAAGCGUCAAAUAUUGGCGAUGACUCGUAAUAUUUUUGUAGUAUGAAUUUGUCUUGUUAUUUAGUUUUCAGUUCAAUCUCAUAAUCUGACUGCAAAGAGUAUUUCACAUCAGCCUGGUUAAUUUUACCUCUGUUUAAGUUUCUAACGUUUUCAUUCUGUAAAUCAAGUAAUGGCCAGUUGACUUCCUUUUCAAUUACCCCCCCCCCCCUCUCCUUAAUGCUUCUAGAUUCCACCUACACCAGAUCAGAACUCCUAUUGUAAUUAAUGAGGUCCCCAAGACCUUUCAGUUUUAUAAUUCUGCUGCUCCUUCGUUUGAAAUGAAAAGAUGCAUGGUGAUGGAUAAAGGCAAAAGAGAAAACUUAAUUUAUAAAGGGAUGUCGUCAGGCUAGCUUUCCAAGGGAGGCUCGGUACAUGCCAAAUUGGAUUUGUCAACUCCAAAGCAUAUAGCUGCCCAAAAAGAACUCCUACAUUGCAAGCUCAUUGUUGGAAUUUAUUAUAGAGAUUGCUUCAUCCACAUAGUUAGCUCAUCAGACAGAAGAUUUAGUGAUGCAGAUGUUGGAAAUUUGUUAUAACUGGCAUUAUUAAUAGAAACAGUUGGGUCUUGAUAUAUCUGAAGACACAGGCUCGUGCACUGUACUAGCAACAACCUAGUUUAUAUAUCUUGAGAAAUGUAAAGAUUUUAAAAAUUGAAGGAAUACAUGUUGCUCGUGGGACAAAAGUUGGGUGUGAAAUAGCUGGUUUGUUUUGAUAAUUAUCAUUUUCUAAAUUAAGGGAAUACGCUGUUCAAGUUGCUGCAAUACGGGAUGGCCGUGGACUAUUAGUUUAGUGAUCAUAUAAAACAAGGGUACAUGUAGCAGUUCCAGAACCAUGGUCCCCACCCUAGGCCUCUGAAAAAAAAACAAUUUAUGAUUCUUGAUGAUGGCAAUCUGAAGUUUUGCAACACCUCUUCAUCGAUUCCAUUACCUGAAGAAACAAGUAAGCAGUAAGCCAGGUGCCCAUUCCAGCUUACUCUUGUUGCAGUUUUUAUGUCUGAUUUCUUUCUUCUGAUCUCUUUCUUUGAUGUUAUAUUUCCUUGUAUUCUUCAGGGCAUUUACAUCUAUUUUCAGAAACUGCUUUGAUAGGUGGAUCUUGUUCUAAUCAGUUGUCCAAUGUAUCUUCUCCUUUUGUCUUUAUAGUUAAGGAGUGGUUUAACUCCGCAGUUCAUAUCAGAUGUGUUCCUCAAUUCUUUGCAGUUUGUUCUCUCUUACAUCAUGAUUACAAUCUUUAGCUUGCCUGCAGUCACUAGAAGUUUUUUUUUCUCCAAUGAUUUUCUUCACAAGAUUGAUGCAAUACAUCUCUACAUCUGGCGAAUGAUAUGACUGAAGCUUCACUUCAACAGGUUGAACUGAUGGGUACUGCAUGCAGCCAUAGAUCAACCAUGAAUCAGCUUUACAACGGAACAGUUCCUCCAUGUCUUUCAUCAGCUAUAAUAGUAGUACCAGCACUCUCAGAGGUGUCGUUUCCUAGUUUUCCAGAGCAGAGAUCAUCUUAUGGUGAAAGCGAACUGCCUAUUAGUCAUGUCACCUCAUUUGGUAAUUCGAUGGCUGCACAGGACGCCAUGUCAACAUGUAUGUUAGCUUCGAACUUCACCUCAGACCUUCAUGCCAACAAUAAAUCAUCAGAUCUGAAGCUUUGUUCUGGACCAUAUGUUACUGAGCCAUCUGAUCCUGAUACUCAAUUGUCGUCGACACAUUCAUCACUCCUGCAUAAUUCAAGGCCGUUAAUGAUGGAUUUUCCAGAAGUAUCUGAACAGAUAAGUUCGAACCAAGAACAACUCCAAGGCUUAUUUGAUUAUGCAGCAAGUGUUGAUUUUCCCAAUCCACAAAACGUGACUGCCUUUGGCCAACAAGUUCAAGCCACCAUGACAAUUGAUCCUAACACUAAUGUUGCACUGGCAAAUGAGUGGUUCUCAUCUGGGAGUUCCAUGGUGCUUCACAAAAAUACAGUUGAUGCAAGAAGUGCAACACGAGCCACACCUAAAAUUUCUCCGUACUUCCGUACUCAGAGAAGUGGACCAAAUCCUGUCAACUGUGAUGAACUUUGCUCUGACAACCUGCCUUCUUCAAAUACUGCUCCAAAGUCAAGGAUACGCUGGACACCUGAGCUCCACGAGCGGUUUGUUGAUGCUGUUAACAAGCUUGGUGGGAGCGAAAAAGCAACUCCAAAAGCAGUCCAGAAGGUUAUGAAGGUCGAAGGAUUAACUAUAUACCAUGUAAAAAGUCAUCUGCAGAAGUACCGUACAGUGCAACAUCGACCUGAAUCAUCCAAUGCAGGUGUGCCCGGAUGGAGAAGUAACCAAACGGAUGAAGCGUCCACUCUGCAGUUAAAAGGCACAGGGAAUGUUGAAGGAUUGAUGGCGCAGAUUAGCUUGCAGAAACAACUUCAUGAACAACUUGAGAUCCAAAGAAAGCUGCAGUUGCAAGUAGAGGAACACAGCAGGUACCUUGAAGUGAUAAUUGCGAAGCAAAAUGAGAGCCUUAAAAAGCUUGGAGCAUUACCAGGGUUUCAAGAUCGAUUCCUUCAGGUUUUGGAUGACAACAAAGAACGUGAAGAAUGGGCAGUAUGCACACAUUCAGCGGAAGACAGGCUGCAGAUAUCAUUGUUGCGGGAGAGGGAGAAUCAGAGCCUAGAGUAUGUAUGAGUCAUUUUAACUAGUUACUUUCUUGCUGGAGUAUGUAUGAGCUGCCUUCGGGACACAGAUUUUUUACGUUGCUGGAUAUUUUUCAUCCCUUAACAAUUAUUAUGGUUAUGCUGGAGGCAGUGUGAGAGAGCAAGUUAUGGUUCA